GAACUUUGGGAUAUGACGUUUUUGAAGCUGUGCAUUCUAAACAUGCUAUCUGGCGAAACAUGUUGGACUUGGUUUGGGCAAUGAACGCUUUAUUUUUAAGUAAAAAAUAUGAGUUUCUGCAACCCUAGGCGCUCGCUGUUCUGAAUUUCGAGAAAUGUUGCCCUUCUGCCAUCAAAUUACGGAACUCUUCGAUGUUUUAUUAUGGUAUUCAUGGUGAAUCAGAGACAUGCUAACUAGCUGAAGCUACUUGGACCAUCUUCAGUUUAAUUAUAUAAUUAACCAAGUACAAUGUUGCCUGAAUUAUUGCAAGGUAUCGAUGCUGGAGGGAUCCUCAUAAUACAAGAUUCUGUGAGUUAUUCUGGUCGACACCUCCUGAAGAGCUUCAUCAAUGCUGCAUUGAACAGGGAGGAAACUGUCCAUGUCCUUGGUUUUGACGUCAGUGAGGAAGAGCUGAAAGAUGGACUAAAAGGAUCCCCUAUUCAAAGGCUACACUUUCACGAUGCCUAUACAGACCCCCUUGGCUGGACUGAUCACCCAGCUUUCACAGUUCACCAGUUCUGUUUGGAAGAACUGACAAGCCUGGUCAAGCACACAUCACACCCAAAACCACCUAUUUUAGUGAUUGACUCUCUUUCGUGGAUUUUGAGACACCUCAGUCCUCCUGCUGUCUGCAGGACACUUCAGCAACUUAGAAAAGGGGGAGCUGUGAGAGCUAUAAUCAGUCUUCUCCAUGCAGAUAUGCAUCAGAGGGGUACUGUGGGAAGUAUAUGCCAUUUGGCAUCUUCAGUCAUCACUGUAGCACCUGGGAUGAAGGGAGACGAGGCAGUGGCAAAGAUAACAAAGCGCUCAAAAUCGGGCAAAGUUGUGCAAGAUGAGGAGAUUUUCAGCAUCAAAGAUGAUCUUACAGUCAUAGUACAGAGCAAGCCCAGCCAACUUGGACCCAAAAGUGCUGACCCUGAGGAGCAGGAGACGGACCCAACAGCCAACUUGACCUUCAACCUUCGACUAUCUGAUACAGAGCGCGAGGCCAAAGAGAAACUUGCACUGCCCUUUGUCUUCAGCAAAGACAAGAAACGCGCUCUGCUCCACUCAGGCCCUGGUUCAGGACGAAUUCUGUAUGAGCCUGAUGCAAACGAUGACUAUGACCAGGAGGAUCCUGAUGAUGAUCUUGAUGUGUAGAGGCAAAAAGGAUUCAUGUUUCAUGUCCUUUUUGCAUUCAAGACACUGAGUUGUUUUCAGUAGUGCAGAUUAAAAGCCUUAACUCACACACUCAUGGGUAAAGAAUAAUGUACGUUUCUGUAAGAAAUCUAUAUUAUGUUUAUAAAAUGUUUUUUUCCAA